AUCACUCUCUUUAUUAUAUUCCAUCAGAUGCAUUUGUUGAUGAAGAUCACAAGAGUCCAUCAACAUCCUCUCCUUGUCCAUCAACUUGAUGCAUGAAACAAAUGAAUUCCAUUUCCCUUCUCCAUAAGCAAACUCUAUCCCCACAACUGAUUUCCCAUUUCUUCCUAUAAAAUACUCAAUUCCCUCUCCUCCCCCAAUUUCAAUUUCAAUUUCAAUUUAAAUAAUUAGGGUUUCCCACCAUGCCACCCGCCGGAAGAGACGAAACCCCAACCUCCACUCACCGGAAAACCGCCCGCCCCCAAGAGCCAUCCCUCCGCUGCCCCCGCUGCGAUUCUCCCAACACCAAAUUCUGCUACUACAACAACUACAGCCUCACCCAGCCCCGCCACUUCUGCAAGACCUGCCGCCGCUACUGGACCAAAGGCGGCGCCCUCCGCAGCGUCCCCAUCGGCGGCAGCUGCCGCAAAAGCAAGAAAUCCAGGACCUCCCCGCCGCCCUCCGCCGCCGGCGACGACGCCUCAGACGGAUUGAAAUUCUUCAAGGGCGUCGCACCCGCCAUGGACUUCCAGCUCAAUUUUCCCGCCACCUCUCUUCUCAACAGCCACUUCGACAAUUCAUCGAACAUCUCCACUGCAAUCUCACUAAACCCUUGCUACGCCUUCGAAAUUCCUCCUGCUGCUCCGUUAAUCGGAUUCGAUCUCUCCGGAAACAACAACUCUCCGAAUCCAGAAUUGGGGUUUCGUAGCAGCCUCGCUUCAUCCAUGGAAUCACUGAGCUGUAUCAACCAAGACCUUCACUGGAAGCUGCAGAAGCAGAGAUUGGCGAUGCUUUCACCUUCCGAUAAUAAUAAUAAUCAGAAAACCGUGAAACCGCAGCCAAUUUUGUUUCAGGAUCUGGAGGUUCCGAUCAAAGCGCCGAGGAAAAUUGACGACGGUGGAAAUCUUUCAACGGAGUGGUUUUUCGACAAUUCUUCUUAUUCUUAUGGUGGAAAUGCAGCAGCGACGAGUAACGGCGUUAAUGGUGAUAACGGAAGCCACUGGAGCAGUGGAAUUCAGGCAUGGAGUGAUUUAUCACACUAUUCUUCAAUUCCUUGACAUUGUUGUUUUAGGGUUUUAUGGUGAUGCUAAUGUUCUUCUUCUAUUGUGAUUUCAUGUUCAGAUCAAGAUGUAAUCUUUUCUUUUCAGUGUGUUGUUUGUUGUUUUUAAUUUUUUUUUCUUUUUUAAUUAAUUUGGUGCGAUUAUUAGACCAAUUUGAUGAAACAAAAUUGUAAUAGGUAAAGUUGCU